GUAUAAUGAUAUUUUGAUGACCUCACGGCGCACAUUAGCAACACCACCGUCUCAACCACCGUUGUCUACCAAUGGAUGUGCUCUUCAAUUCAAUCAACGUUCGUGAUCUGCUCUCGUCACACGAUCUCGACGACUCAUCGCCACUCUCCGCUCCCGAUCUCCGCCUCUUAAUCGACCGUCUUCAAGUCCGAUCACUCGACAUCAAGUCCAAAGUCCACAACUACAUACUCUCUCACAACGACGAGUUUUCUAACCUAUUUUCUCGCUGCUCCGAUGCCGUCGUUAACUCCGAACAACUUUCCGAUCAAGUUUCUAACCUCGUUAACCUCUUAUCGUCGGAUCGGAAACCGAUCGAUGUGCAAGUUAAGGAAACGGUUGAUGAAAUUAGGUCAAAAUGUGGUGAAUUGAAGGAGAAGAAGGAUGCUUUAGGUUUAGUGGAGGUUGUUGUGAAAUUGAGCCGUGAGUUGAGUGUUGUGGAGGAUGAUUUGGUCGCCGGAAAAGUUUUUGAGGCGGCGGAGGUGUUGACGGAGUUGAAGGUGGCGUUACGUGUGACGGAGGAUUGUACGGAGGAAAGUGAGCCGGUUGUGUUUGGCUUGUUGAGGAAGAAAUGGACAGAGUGCUUUGAAGAGAUACAACAGGUGCUAGUCAAGUUCGUUGAGAAGGCAGUGAAAUUUGAUCCACAAACCAACUCUGUUUAUGUUAAGAACAAUAUGUCUAUGAAUGAUGAUAUUCAAGGGAUCGAACUUUGUACUGUUUUGAAAGCAAUGCAUGUGGUUGGUAUUUUAGAUUAUGGGCUUGCGAAAGUGGCGGAUUUGAUGACCAGACAUGUAAUAACGCCUGCAGUGGGAUCAAUAUCUCAUAGUUUUUCUGUAGAAGAACAGAGACUAGAUUCAGGAGAUAUAACUGAGGCGGUUUUGAGAAUAACCCCACUGACCGGUACUCAGGUCGAGAACAUGGAUGCUGAAAAUAUAUAUUCUGGAAUUAGUGUGGUCAUUCAGUUUAUUUUCAACUAUAUUUGCUUUCAAAAUUCCUCGUGGAUGCAAUUAUUUGGAAGAUUGACAUGGCCCCACAUGUCAGAACUGAUUAUUUCAAACUUCCUUUCCAAGAUUGUUCCUGACGAUGCGUCCAAACUUUCCGACUUCCAAACAAUAAGACAACUCACAUCCGAGUUUGAAACAUCUCUUAAAGAAGUUAUGUUCAUAUCCUCUGAGAAAGACGAAAGGUUGACCAAUUUUACGGAUAACGUUGAAGUCCACUUUGCAACAAGGAAGAAGGUUGAGAUCUUAGCAACAGCUAGAGAUCUUCUUCUACAUUCCAACUUUAAACUUCCCAAGGAGUAUACAAGAAAAAGUGAAGAUAUUAAAAAUGGUGGGAAUGUAGACUUGCUUUUCUCGUCUGAGAGGUGUUCAGUAUCCGAAACGGCUUUGCAGCUAUUGGAACUUGUGCAUCAAACACUAAAGGAUGUUUGUUUGUCAUCCCCGACCGUUGCGUUAGAGUUUUGCCAUGCUGCUAGGGAUGCUUUACUUCUAUACGAAGCUGUUAUUCCAGUCAAGCUAGAAAGACAGCUGGAUGGUAUCAACCAGGUUGCUGUUCUAAUUCAUAACGAUUGCCUCUUCCUAUCACAAGAGAUCCUUGGCCUUAAAUUUGAGUAUCAGUCAGAUUUUCCAACUUCCGUGAAGGGAGCUGUGUUUAUCGAUUUAGGUAUACGAUACAAGCUCAUGGCAGAAGAGAUAUUACAAAGACAAAUACAACUCGUUAAGCAUAAUUUAAUGGAGGCGAUUGACGGUGCAGAUGGAUUUCAAAAUACCCAUCAACCAAAACGAUACGAAUCUGCAAAAUUCAGUAUCGAUCAGGUGGCUUUUAUCCUUGAGAAAGUGCGCAUAAUUUGGGAGCCGUUAUUGCUACCGCUAACAUACAAACGAAGCAUGUGCACUGUUGUGGAGGCUGUAUGUUCUAGAAUGACUAAAGACAUACUUCAAUUAGAUGAUAUUGCAGCAGAAGAAACAUUACAGAUUCAAAGGUUAAUUCAUAUGUUGCUGGAAAACCUUUCAUCUUUAUUGGAGUCUUUGGUUGGUAUUAAUCAAACAACAAAACCACAAGAAGCGUUAUCCAGCUCUAUUGACGAUUUAAUUCCGUCACUUCCUCAAUUACGGGUAUUGGCAGAUAUGUUGGACAUGCCGCUGAAGUCGAUAACUGCAUCUUGGGAAAGCGGCGAACUGGCCAAGUGCGGUUAUACUUCGUCUGAGGUGAAAGACUUUAUCAGAGCAAUAUUUACAGAUUCGCCCCUGAGGAAAGAAUGCUUGUGGAGAAUCGAAAAUAUCAAGUUUUAGGAGUGUCAUAGACUCAUAAUAAGCUUUUGAAAAUGAUCAGGCAUGCCUAAUUAUGAUGGAAAAAGGGAAGACUAUGAUCCAUAACUUAGCCAUGCCCGGCCCGGCCCGCAUUACUUCUAGGUUAGGUUUUUUGCUUGGCCCAGCCCGGCACGUGUUACAAAAGAGAAAAAAAGUUUUCCUUUACUGUAAAUAGUUAUAUAGCAUUACUGCAAUCAAAGAACCAAGUUUCUCUUAUUAUGGCAUUUUUCAUUGUUGUAAUUUUGGGCCAAGCCUCUUGUAUAGAGCUGGACUGUAAUGGAGUGGGCUGGGCUGGGCUAGGGUUCACAGGCUGGUUCAGCUGUUUUGACCAACUUUUUGGACUACGGUUACGGAAAAAGACAAACCAAACCGGCCAUGUUGGUUGGUUGGGUUGGCCGACGUAGCCGGUUAUCGCUGUUUCAUGUUUUAACAGUUCAGUUUGGGUGGUUUAGUGGUUUCAGGGUUGAGUGAGACCAGGUGGACUUUGGGCCUCUCUUUUUGUUACUUCUAUAUUUUACAACUUUUCUCUUUUUUUUUGCAUUCGCUUGAAUUUUUUAUUGGUUGUAUAGAACCUUGCACUUCAAAUAAUGUCUCCUUUUUAAUAAUUUAAAAAUUGACAGUGAGCUGUCGCU